CUCUCUCUCUCUCGCACACACACAUAAACAGAGAGACGCAGACCCUAUUGAAAAAACGCCUUCUCACUUCACUACCUGCCUGUCGUUUUUGUACAUCGAAAAAGAAACGGAAGUCACUUCUCUCUAUAAAAUCUCUCUUUCUAAUUGGGUUUGCUGAGCUGAGGCAUGGUUGCCGGCCAAAUCUAGAGUAGCCCAUUUCAUGGUUGUCUACCAUUUGAAGGAAAUCUUCUUCUUUUGGGCAGAGCCCUUCCCGUUUUAGCUGGUGCUUUGAUUAAGGAGGUUUGGUCGGUGAAAGAUAAAUUCUUUGGCUCAUUUAUUUUUUAACUGGUGUCAAUAUUGAGUCCCUGAACAAAUCUAAGCAAACCCAUUUGGUCAGUGACAGUGGAAGAGGCUUCAAAUUAAAGGUUUUUCUGUUUACUCUUCUUGAUCAUGGAGGGAGAAACAUCAUGGUUUAGCCAUUCCCUUGAUGACAUGGCAAGAGAGAUUGGGGAGUUUGAUUCUUUCUCAGAGCUCAGUGACGAAGGGAAUAAAGAAGCUACUGCAGUUUCGGUGGAUUUGAUUCUUCCCGAUGACCUGUUGGAACGGAUAUUAGCCUAUCUACCAGUUGCAAGCAUUUUCAGGGCACGUUGUGUGUGCAAAAGAUGGAAUGAGAUUGUUAGUUCAAAAAGGUUUCUAUGGAACUUUUCACGUGUGCUAUCACAAAAACCUUGGUAUUUUAUGUUUACCAGCUCUAAUGAACCAACUGGUUAUGCAUAUGAUCCUAUCCUUAGAAAGUGGUAUGGCAUUGAACUCCCCUGCAUUGAGACAUCUAAUUGGUUUAUUGCUUCAUCAUGUGGUUUGGUUUGCUUUAUGGACAAUGAUAGUAGAACUGAGUUAUAUGUCUGCAACCCUAUUACCAAAUCAUGCAUGAAGCUUCAGGACCCUGGCUUGAGAUUUUCUGAUUACAGUGCACUUGCAGUUUCUGUUAACAGGAAGUCACAUGGUUAUACUAUCUCAAUUGUGAAAUCUAAGCAAGUUACUGGGAAUUUUUUCCAAUGGGAUGUCUCCGUUCAUAUUUAUGAUUCAGAAACAAUGAUGUGGGUGACCUCUUUGAAAGAGGUUCUGACAGGAUGGAGAGGUGGGGAUGAGAGUGUUAUCUGUGAUGGGGUUUUGUACUUCUUAAUUUACUCAACUGGGGGCGGGUCACCAGAAAAUCGUCAUGGUCUAAUCACAUAUAAUCUCUCUUCUUGUUCUCCUCAUGGGUUGAUAAGGAGUUUUAUUCCUGUACCUUGCCCUCUUACAUGUGGCCGUCUGAUGAACUUGAAGGAGAAGCUGGUUAUGGUGGGAGGGAUUGGUAAACAGGAUCGGCCUGACAUAAUUAAGGGGAUUGGUAUCUGGGUUCUAAAUGGGAAGGCCUGGCAAGAGAUUGCGAGAAUGCCGCAUAAGUUUUUCCAAGGAUUUGGGGAGUUUGAUGAUGUUUUCGCCAGUAGCGGCACAGAUGAUCUUAUAUACAUCCAGAGCUAUGGAGCUCCAGCUCUUCUUGUCUUUGACAUGAGCCAGAGACAUUGGAGAUGGUCACAGAAGUGCCCGGUAACAAAGAGGUUUCCACUUCAGCUCUUUACUGGUUUUUGUUUUGAACCGAGGCUUGAAAUUUCUCCCUGAUAUGUUUCCUUGUGGAUUGAUAUGAUGUGGUGGUGCAAAUUGUUUUGCCUGAAAUCCCUGUGUUUCACCUUUGUUUUGUUUUCCCAUUAGUUUGAGUUACAACAUCUGUGUUCUAAAAGUCGUAUAAUGUACCUGCAGAUAAGCUGCUCGUUAUUCAUGGUCAUGGGUAUAUUAUUCUUUGCAUUGGAAAUGCCACUCUGGUAAAUACAAUCAUGAGUUCCUGA